CCCUUAUCUCUCGUUCGUGGAUUUGGGGGCCUUUCAUGCUGGGCGAGGGGAGGAUAUCAUGCCAUUCUCAAACCCUAAAACCCUCGACUUUAGCAUUUCUACCCAGGAAAAUCAUGCUCAAUAAGCUCAAUCAGAAGGCCAGUUCUAGGGCUUCGAUUGGGAAUGGUUCCCUAGGAGACGGAACGGCACCUUCAUCGAUGGAGGGGGGUCAGAAAACCCUAGAUUCGAACCAGAAGGGCCUGCGGCAGAUGAUAGCUUUGUAUUUGAAGAAACAUGGAUUCUCUAAGACGCUCGCUGCAUUUCGAUCGGAGUCUCAGUGCGAGGUAGAUGAUAAGAAGCACGCAUUGGACCUGGAGGACAUGUACUUCAAGUAUUUAGAGACAAUAUGUGAAAAUCUUGAAUUGGAUCUGACCAAUUCAGCAGCAAUUGCAGAUUCAGGAAGGGGAGUAGCUACCAAGAAACUCAAGGAUGAAAACAAUAUGGAUGCCAUUGACAAAGUUUCACAUAGUAAGAAGAGAACAGAAAACAAAGGGAAUCAAUCAGUCUUGGAGUCAGCCCCAGAUAACAACCUUAGGUCAGCCCCAGAUAACAACCUUAGGGUAAAAAAUGAUGACUCUGAUUUGGCUACUGUUAAUGGUCAAAACAUAUCGUUGGAUGGAUCACCCAAGAAAUCUAAAGAUAAGAAGAAAAAGAAAAGCAAAACUCUUUCUGAAUCUGGAGAGGUACACAAGGAGGACCCCAAGGAUUUGGAUGCUGUUGGAGAUUUAAAAAGGAAAAAAUCAAAGUCUGAUGCUGAGGACAAAUGUAAGGAGAUAAUUUCAGAUAACUCACAUGUAAACACUACAGGGAAGAAGAAAAAGAAAAAUAAGGAUUUGGUGAAGCUUGAUAAAACUGAUGAUGGUACUCCAUUUGAGAAGGAUGCAAAACCCAAAGACAAGAAGAAGAAGAAGAAGAAAGAUGAUUCACUUUCUGGAGAUCUUCCUGAUGGUAGUGGUCAACCUGAUGAUCCAGAAUCAUUUGAAGAGGAAGAUAAAGGGAUGUCCGAGGAUUCAGAAACUGCUUAUGAUUUGAAUAAAUCCAAGUCCAUGAAAAUUAAGUAUAAUAAGAAAUCCUCAGAUAAUUUGCUCGUAACUGCAGAUAAUUCUAGCAGAAAACAUCAGAAGGAAGAAAAACUGACUCAUGAUGAGAAUAUUCAUGAUUCUAAGGAUAUAGAUCGUGCAGGAAAAAAGGAUUCUAAGAAGAGAAAAAGGAAAGAUACUGAAGAGGCUGCUUCUCUGGUUGAAAAUGUCACUGAAACUCAAGAUAGGAAACAGAAAGGAAAAGGUGGCCUUGAGGAAAGCAUUGAUAAGGAAGAUGAACCUGCGCAAGCUAAGAAGAAGAAGGCAGAGAAGGUUGUCAAGACUUACAAAGAACGGCCAAAAGCCAAGGAUCUGGAGAGCUUGCCUGCCAAAGGUGAUGGGAAAGCAAAUGUUGAUGGGAAUGACAAUGGAAGCAUUAUGAAGAAGGAAAAUGAAGGGCAUUCUGCAUUAAAAUCAAAGAAAGAAUCCAAUGGUUCAGCUGAGCCAAAAACAUUUAAGGCAUUUCAGAGAGUAAAAGUGGAAGAGGUAAAGUUUGUGGAUGACAGGCUGCAGGAUAAUUCUUACUGGGGAAAGGAUGGUGCUGACAGUGGCUAUGGUGCGAAGGCACAAGAGAUUCUCGGGCAAGUUAAAGGAAAGGAUUUUAGACAUGAGAAAACUAAGAAGAAGCGAGGGAGUUACAGAGGAGGACAGAUUGAUUUGCAGUCUCAUUCCAUCAAGUUCAAUUACUCAGACGAAGAGUGAACUAAUUUCAUUUUUGAGGCUUCCAUGGACAAGGGUGAGACAAUGCUCGUGUAAUUCCCAAUUUUGUUUUGUCAAUUAGAUUUUGUUUCUAUUGUGGGAUUAAAAACCUAUUACCUUGUGGAAUUUUUAAUUUGUAAUCCGAGUCUUUCUUUUUUGCUAUAAAUAGUGGCCAUGAGUUUAUUUACUAAAAUACAUCAGUUAAUCUGAAAGAGUUAUGUUCAUAUA